AUGGCUACACUGAGAUCCCAUUUUGCUCCAAGCAAACUGGUCUUUUACUUUUUCUGGUGGGGAUUCCACUGGGGUGCUUUCGCAUUCGGCUGGUGGAAGCAAUACUCUGAUCCGAAACUAGCUGGUCUCAAUACUCUAACCUUCUCAGUCUGGAUAUCGCGAGGUGCUGGCUUGGUCCUGUCGUUCGAUGUCAUGUUUAUUCUUCUACCCAUGUGUCGAAAUUUGAUGCGAUUCAUCCGGCCGAAGUUCAAGUUCUUGCCACUCGACGAGACUAUCUGGUUCCACAGACAAGCUGCCUACGCUAUGCUGGUCUUCACCGGUAUCCACGUACUAGCUCAUUACGUCAACUUCUUCAACGUCGAAAGGACCCAGAUUAGACCUGUCACAGCUGUUCAAAUUCACUACGCUCAAGCCGGCGGUGUUACUGGCCACGUAAUGCUCCUUUGCAUGUUGCUCAUGUACACAACAGCACACCACAAGAUCCGACAGCAGUCCUUCGAGACCUUCUGGUACACCCAUCACUUGUUCAUUCCAUUCUUCCUCGCCAUGUACACCCACGCUGUUGGCUGUUUCGUUCGUGAUACCGCUCUCCCAUUCUCGCCAUUUGCUGGAAAAGAUUUCUGGGGUCAUUGCAUCGGCUACCAGGGCUGGCGUUGGGAGCUUUGGGCUGGUGGUCUCUACCUCUUUGAACGCCUGUGGAGAGAGGUUCGUGCACGCCGGGACACCAAGAUCUACAAGGUUGUCCGACACCCCUACGAUGCAAUGGAAAUUCAAUUCCAGAAACCCAGCAUGAAAUACAAGGCGGGCCAAUGGCUAUUCAUUCAAGUUCCCUCGGUUUCUGGCCAGCAAUGGCAUCCUUUCACCAUCACCUCUUGUCCAUUCGAUCCCUACAUUUCUAUCCAUGUCCGCCAGGUCGGUGACUGGACCAAGGCAGUUGGAGAUGCUCUCGGCUGUGGUCCAUCUCAGGCCAAGCAAUUCGAUGAUCUGGACAAUAAUGGAAUCUAUGAGAUUGCCCUCCAACAUGGCCAAGAGAUGCCUGCGAUCCGAAUCGACGGUCCAUAUGGUGCACCCGCUGAAGAUGUGUUCGAUAAUGAGAUUGCGGUCCUCAUUGGUACUGGUAUUGGUGUUACUCCAUGGGCAUCUGUCCUCAAACACAUCUACAACAUCCGUGCCGGGCCCAACCCACCCCGUCGUCUCAAGCGUGUUGAAUUCCUCUGGGUAACUAGGUCCAUCGAAUCCUUUGAGUGGUUCCAAACCCUUCUCUCCUCUCUCGAAGCACAAUCUGCACAGGCCGCCGAGACCGUGGGGGGACCUGAAUUCUUGCGUAUCCACACCUAUCUAACCCAGCGCGUGGAUGCAAACACCGCUGCCAACAUCUACCUCAACACCGUCGGCAACGCAGUCGAUCCUCUGACUGAGCUGCGCACCAAGACUCAAUAUGGUCGACCCGACUUCCAUCGUCUGUUUGGCGCAAUGCGAGACGGCCUGAUGGACAACUCGUACCUUGAUGUGGGGAAGGAGGGCUCUCUUACUGCUGGAACGAAGGCCACAGUCGGUGUCUACUUCUGCGGUCCUAGUGCUGCAGCACGCGAAAUCAAGAACGCUGCCAAAGCCACGAGCAAUGACUUGGUCAAAUUCCGAUUCUGGAAGGAACACUUCUAG